UGCAGUUAUGUUCGUAUUGUCGAUUUAGUAUAUUAUAAUAUUAUUUUUUUCAUCUCGAAUAAGUGACUGUUAACAAUUUUCGAGAUAGAUAACAGCAGCUGUCCGCGUGUGCGUGUGAGAGUGUGUGCCAUUGUACUGUUAUUCUUAUUCUUAUUAUUAUUAUUAUCAUCAUCAUCAUCACUAUCAUCGUCGUCGUCGUCGACCGUCGUAAGUGGCUCACACGGACGCGCUACGCCGUUCGACGACAAUAACUAAAACAUUUCAAAAUCGCCUUUAAACAAUCGUUAUUACUCCGUAUUGCUGGUGGCUGUAUAUACGCACAAGACCCCUAUCGCAUUCCAACGACGAUAAAGAUAACACGACCAGGAUUCGGUUUAGUUUUCAAAACACUAUGAUGCAGGUGGACAAGUAUGAAUUUUGAUGCCGAAACCUCGCAGCCAACAUGGAAAUUAUGGGGUGAAGAAAGAGAAGAAGGUGCUAUUUAUACAAUUUAUUUAAAAAAAGUGCGGUAUCAAAAUCCUACAAAAACUUUACUGUUGGAAUCUGAUGAUGAACGAUCACAUUUAGAAUGGGAAACGAUUAGAGUAAAGUUCAUUAAAGCUGGAACGAUAGAAAAAUUGGUUAAUAGCUUAGCAUCAGACGAUGGUGAAUUAGAAUCUACAUUUGUGAAUAUAUUUCUUGCCACUUAUAGAACUUUUGCAUCACCUCAUCAUGUUUUGUCAUUGUUAAUUGAAAGGUAUGAGUAUUUAGUAAACAACAAAGAAGCUUUAUCGGAAUCAAUGAUCGAUCCACAUAAAAAGACUGUUGUAUCUGCAUUACAUGUGUGGUUGGAUUCAUAUCCUGAAGACUUUCGUGAUCCACCUUUACAUACUUGUUUACGAUGUUUACAUUCCUUUACUUUUACUUAUUUGCCAAAAACUGAACUUCACAUAAAAGCAACAUAUAGACUUGAAAGAUUUCUUAAAGAAUGUAAACAAUCAGAUGCUACAACAUUUAUUAGUGAUGAUUAUGACUUAGUUAUUGCUAAUUCUCCACAUUCUCCUUACAAUUUUCCUAACAUAGCAGAAAGACAUUUUGCUGAGCAGUUAACUCGAAUGGAUCGUGAUGUUUUAAGAAAUAUGGUUGCUCACCAAUGUUUAGGUGCAGUUUGGUCUAAAAAUAAAAGAGCAGGGUCUGCACCCACAGUCCUUGCUACAAUUGAUCAAUUCAAUGCUGUAUCACUUAGAGUUAUCAGCACUGUUAUAUUAGCAAUCAAUUCAGAUAGACCACAUGUUAUUGAAACUUGGAUUGACAUUGCUCAAGAAUUAAGAGUGCUCAAGAAUUUUUCCUCAUUAAAAGCUAUAAUAUCUGGUUUACAAUCCAAUUCUGUGUUUAGGUUAAAGAAAACUUGGCAUUCUGUUCCUCGAGAUAAGGUGGAAUUGUUUCAAGAACUAGCAAGAAUAUUUAGUGAAGAAAAUAAUCAAUGGGCGCAACGAAAGUUAUUAAUAAGAGAAGGUACAGCAAAAUUUGCUGACACAUUUGGACACAAUGAUAGACAUUUACAAAAAAUUAUUCAAAAGCAACAAAGUACAAUGAGUAAAUUAAACAUUGGAACUAUACCAUACUUGGGGACAUUUCUGACUGAUUUGACUAUGAUUGAUGCUGCAACUCCCGAUCUCUUGCCUGAUGGUCUAAUUAAUUUUGAUAAAAAAAGAAAAGAGUUUGAAGUAUUAGCUCAAAUUAAGCUUCUUCAAGGAGCAGCAAAUUCAUAUAACAUACCUGAGGAUUCAGUAUUUGAUCAAUGGUUUCAUUCCAUUUUAGUUUUGGAUGAUAGAGAGGCGUUUAGAAUUUCUUGUCAAAUAGAACCAUCAGAUAAUAUACACUCGUCAUGUGCAAAUUCAAUAAUAGGAACUGGAAAAAAACAAAAGUAUAUCAAUUAUGAACAUAAAAAAAAUGAUUCAAUUUCUAGUAAUUGCAGCAGCAAAAGUUUAUAUGGACUAUCCGAUGAUGGUUUGCACUCACCGAAUAACUCUUUAGAUAAACAGGAUUCAUUACUUGACCUAUCUUCUUCAUCGAGUAGCUAUUCGUUACAAUCUUUUGACAUGUCUCUAAAUGGAAGCAAUAACACUAAUAUUAUAGUUAAAAAUAGUGUCAAUAAUUCAACGUUUAAUACUUCGUCUGAUUUUUAUAUUAUUCGGAUAACAGUUGAUGCUGAAAACGUUGAGACUGACGGAGUUGUGUUAUACAAAAGUAUUAUGUUAAGUAACAAUGAACGAACACCACAAGUUAUUAGAAAUGCUAUGCUGAAAUUUUGUAUUGACGAUGAUCCAGAAAACUAUACUCUAUCUCAAGUUUUACCUGAUAAAGAAAUGAUUUUACCAAUGACAGCCAAUGUGUAUUAUGCAGUAAAUACAGAAUAUGAUUUAAAUUUUUUGUUACGGAAAAAGACAUGGAAAAACAACACAAUUCCUAAAAAAUAAAUUAUUUCUAAUAAUGAAUUUAUGUUAUUAUGUAUAAUUAAGUUUAAU